AUGAAGGCAAACAUAGUGGAGAAAAAAAAGAAGAAAAAGUUGCAGGCAGUAGUGGGGGAGGCCAAGGGGGAAGAGGGCGAUGGGCUGGAAAAUGAAAAGAGGAAAACAUCCAUUCAAAAUGGUAAAAACGAAACCCUCACUCGAUUUCUGUUCCCAAAAAAUCCAAGAGCAUUUUCCAACCUGGUUGAGUUUUCUUUUUCGAAUGAGGAAUUUACGCCCGUGGAGCAAGUGGACCACACCGUCUUCCACCUGGACAUGAAAUCAUGCCUGGUGAUGCGGGACAGCGACGAGGGCAAGAAGCAAAUAGAGAUGGUGAAGAAGAAAAUAGAAAAGGCUAAUUCCUUCACGGUUUUGAAAGACAAUGACUACGUUUACCAUAAGCCGAAAAACUGCUUCGAUUACAUCGACAGAUAUGCGCAGACGGUCCCUGUCUCCUUCAAGGACGAAGCGACCAAGACAGAGCCGCAGGAAAUAAACGAGAUCUGCGACACGGUUUGCCAGUCCAUAAUCUACGACGCGUACCUGCGGGAGUUUCAGAAGGUCUCCAGCGAGGAAGACAAGGAAAAAGACAGAUACAACGAGAAUGCAAAGAAUGAAGACGAAGGGGGGAAGAAAUACGACUCAAAUGGAGACCUCGGAUUGGACGGAGGAUCUGAUGUGGGUUCAGGCAAUCUCUCCGAUGAUGCGAAAUUUGCGACGGUUCUGUUUUCAUCAGGUAGUUCCAGUAAUGAAGAGUCCGAUGCGGUCAGUGAAGACGAGACUGCUAGUGCAGACAGAGUUAGUUGGAACAACUCUGCAGGGGAAGAUACCGGAGAUUACGAUGUGGAGGCGGGGGAACACGACCAUGGGGGUUACGAAAAUUUGGGUGAACAGAAUGAGGGAAACGCGGAUGUUGAUGUGGACGACGACGCUGAUUGCGACGAUGAUGUCGAGGUUGCCGUCGCGGCUGAGGCUGAAGAAAUGGACGGUGAGGAGGAAGAGGCGGGAGAACUACCCAAGAAGGGUCACGACAAAGACGCCAAUGACGGAGCAGAAGCGAAUGAGGACGUGAAGGAGAGCGCACAGAGAAUCACAAUGGGAGGAGCCGAGAAGGGAGAGGAAAAACCGGUGAAAAGAACAACACACGAGAUGGUCCCACAAAAGGUGGAACGAGAAAAAAAAAAAAAAAAACAAUCCUUCAGUGGGAAACAUGAACUAUAUUUUAUUAACUACAAAGACAUGAAGGAGAAGACACAUAAAGAGUUAAACUUCAUUUAUAAAGACGGGAAAGUAAAAAAAAGUGAUGAAAAAAUUUUGCACAAAAAGCGUUUUUUGAAAACAUUAAAAUUGAUGGAUAGAAUAUACAACAAAAAUAAUGAAGAGGAAAUUUAUUUAAGUUACAAAAACGGAAUUAAUAAAAACAUUUUGACCAAAUUGUGGAUUUUCUCAGUACCCCUCUUCAAUCAAUUAGUCGUCACGGACAUCAAAUUUCAUCCUUUUUAUGAAGAUUUAUUUGCCAUAUCAUUUAAAAAUAAUGAUAUAAAAAUCAAUACAGGGAUAUUAUGUUGCUUUACGUUCAAGAACACGAAAAUUCCAGAACAUGUUUUGAAAACCGAUUUUCCCAUUUACUCCAUCGAAUGGUCAGCAAUCAACCACUCAGUCAUUAUCAUUGGACUGUCCAAUGGAAACAUAUGCAUUUAUGAUCUGAAGAAAAAAAAAAAUGAACGACUGAUAUUUGAGAGUAAUAUAAAACAAAUAUAUAACAGAGACAUCAUCUCACAGAUUUCCUUUGACAAGAAAGAUAAAUCCUUUUAUUCCAUUUCGUAUGAUGGGAACAUGUUCUGUUGGAAGUAUAACAACAAAUUUACUGUAGGAGACAAAUUGCUUACACUGAAAAAGGAUUGGGAGGACGAUUUUAAGGAUCCCCUCAACUUUGUACAGACGCAAUCCAUCACGUGCAUCGAUUUCAAUCCCUUCCAGAAGAACCUCUUUCUCAUUGGAACAGCGACGGGGAAGAUAUACCUCUACUCCAGUGCCUUCUCCGACAACCACCUGCGGCUCUACAAUGAGCACUGCAUGUCGGUGAACGCAGUUUCCUACAAUCCGUUCAGGCGCGGCAUCUUCAUUUCGGCGUCCUACGACUGGACCAUCCGCAUAUGGGACCAGGCGCGUCCGCGGUCCCUCCUCGUGCUGGACAUCAAGGAGUGCGUCUACGACGUCCGCUGGAGCACCAUAGUGUCGACGUGCUUCCUCGUCAUCAGCUCGGAGAACCACGGCCACCUCCACAUUUACGACCUAAGCGUCGACAUAAACAAAGCCAUCAUCACAGAAGUGAUAACGAGAAAGAAGAAGCUCCGAAAACUCUGCGUAAAUAAAUUUAAUGAAGUCAUCCUGAUUGGAGACGAAAGUGGCCUCCUUCACUCUUACAAGGUGUCGUAUGCUUUUAACACGUCCUAUGUGGACUAUCUGCGGGGCAAGGUGGGUCGCUCCUUCCAGGUCCAAAUGAUGAAUUCCUUCCUCACGAAGGUGCAAUAG